AUCCAAAACAAAGUCAUUCUGAACAUCGACGAUAAUAAGAGCUGUUUUAGUAGUCAUAAUGAUUGAAAGAGCGUAUGUGUGAGAAACGAAUAGCGCUUUAAACCUGUUUGCGGUGAAGCGGGGUUUAUAGGAAGGCAAGCCCGCUUAUACAAUUAGACGCCCGUUUUCUCCCUGUUCUAAAACAGUAAAAAGAUAUAUUUUUUCCAAAAAAAUACACAAUUCUUACUACGUUGUCUUUGUUUUUAACGAUCUAUCUCAUCUUUUCAUUUAAAUCUACAGAAGGGAGCGGAAUCAAUUCAUUAGAACUCGAUCACUUUACAAACUUGGUAUCUUACUAACAGGAAUAUCUCUUCACUUAGUAACUGCUUUUACUAUUCUACAAGUUCUACCUAAAAGAUGAAACGGAUUCAGCGUGAUUCCGGUUCACAAGCGGUUUGUCAAAAAUGCUUUGAACAUGGUCAUUACACAUAUCAAUGCAAAAAUGAGAGAGUCUAUAAAAAAAGGCCAAGUCGCACACAGCAAUUUGCCAGUAUACUAAAAAAGACAAAAACGAAGAGGGAAGAAGAGCAACAGUCUAGGGAAAAUAUCACAAAAGAACAGAGAAACCUUCUAGCAGAUGAAUUAUUAAGAGAGAACCUAACAGAAAAGUUUGGACUAGAUUAUGCUAAUGAAAGGCCUCUUUCAACAAAUACAAGGUCCCGGUCAAAGUCCAUUUCCUCAAUGUCAUCCUAUACAAGUGGUGAUUACACACCAUCUCCCGAAGAGUCUCCAAGAUAUAACUAAUCCUUAAGUUUUAUUAUGGUAACAAACUUGUCAGAAUACUGUCUAUAUUACUAAGCAACGGCCUCGUAAAUGACUCAAUAGUGUAUUCGUAUUCUUUGAACAUAAAGAAUGAAUACAUCGCUACUUACGGGGACGUGCUUUCAAAAAAACUGGAUUACUUGGAGGUUGCAUAUUUGAGAUUCGUCGGAAGUGCUUGUACUGAAAAGAUGCCUCAUCACGAGACAACCAUGGUGCGUCAAGUAGUUCAUGUGUUAAUUCUUUCACAAGGAUAGAAUCCGUCCCUUCAUAUAGUUGAAUAAUAAAAUCUCUCAUCUCAAUUUGAGAAAGUAAACCGUGA